ACGAGGUUGUAGGAGGUCUUCGUAACUCUCCUUCAUGCUCGAGAGUGGUCUCCGCUUACUCGAGGCCUCAGCGAGGUCAAUAUGUUAAAAAAUCCCGCGAGUAAAAAAGGUCACCAUGGAAAAAAUCUAUAGUUUUAUACUCGUAAGCUUAGUCGUAGUCGGUCGUAGUAGAUCGGCAUGUUAGUCAUAGGUAAUCGAGGGUAGUUGAAGGUAAUCGAAGAUAGUCGUAGAUUGUCUUCAUCAUAGUCGAAGGGAGGUCGUCUUCACUCUCUAGUAUUUGCUGUCCAAUUUUCCUGAAGUUAGUCAUAGCUAGUCGAAGCUGGUCUUCAAUAUAGUCGAAGGAGGUCUUCAACAUGUCAUUGUUUUCCAAACUCACCAAUUAGGUCGCCCAAGUGGGACAGCCCCUUUAACGUUCGCAUCUAACCUGAAAUAUUUCCUGGGAAAAUGCUGAUUGGAUUAUUCCACGUUCAUGUUUGCUUUCCCCUGUUUUACGCAUUUAGUGCAACGUUGAAUGUCCAAUUUUCACCCUGGUCGGUAUUAAUUUGCUCCGGGCAGGGAGUGUGGGUUGGAGGUGGAAUUAUUCAUUGGUGGGAGGUGGGGAGGUGGCAGCGACCAAAGAUCCUAUAGCAGAGGAUCUUUGGCAGUAACUGCAAAGGCAUCAUUCUGCUGCCUCAUUCCCAAGGAAACCAGAGCGCGGCAGCAAUCAGCGGUCAGCUGUGUCUGCAAGUGGUUGCUCGCUAUAAGCCAGGCGGCUCCAAGGGUUGCAGAAGUUGGGCACUCUUGAAUUAAACAAACAAAAUGAACGCGGUUGAAAGUAAAGCUGCCAAGAAAACUCCAAAAGCGGAAAGAAUGGUCGAAGAAGAUGAGGAAAACCAGGAGGCGAGCCUGGCAGACGACGAGAGGGUGCAAUACAUUGCAGAGCGCGUCGUCUGUUCGCUGAGACUGCGAGCAGACAAGUGGCUGCAGUUUAUCCGGAGGGCAGAGAAUCAGACAGUCCUGGCGGAGUUUCUGCACCGUGAACGUUUGCUUGUGUGCUUCCUCAGCGGCGCCGGGCUGCUCGCAGCCUCCUGUGGGCUUCCCUCAAAUUUGAAAAAUAAAGCUGUGUACAUAUUCAAGAAAGUUAAAUGCCCCAUUCUAAAAGAGAAUUACAGAAAAAAUCUUGUAUUUGGUCAUUUGGCUGGAACACCACUUAAUCAAAUAACUACACUGGUCGAAGAGAUCUUUGUACCAGUCCUUUCAAGCAAGAGAAACCACAGAGCAUGGCCACACUUUAUUUCACAAGAUGUAGAUCGCCAUGUCGAAGCUAUUAGAAACAAGAUUUAUAUUGUGAAUGGUCAAGCGAUGGGACGGACCCUCCUCCCUAUACCAAAGGCAACAGGCAAACUGGGAGGCAGCAAUCGGAAUGGGAAUGGGAACAAACUGGAUCAUUAUGACCGGUUAAUAAUUCACCCAAUUGAGUCAAUGGUGAUCAAGUGGACUCAUCAAAUUCGAGAUGUACUGAAGAAGGAUUCUUCUGAACCUUUGCUUCAAGGAAUGAAUCCUGGUCCAGAAACAGAAUUGGAUUUCUGGAAGGCAAGGAAAGCAAACCUCCUUUGUGUUUACGAGCAACUUCAGACCCCUGUUAUCCGAAAAAUGGCCAAGAUCCUGGAAAUAACAGAAAGCAGCUAUUUCCCCACUUUCAAAGCAAGUUUACAAGAUGUCGUAGGUGCUCUGAUCGAAGUCCAAGACAUCGACCUACAUCUUCGACCACUGCAACACCAUAUUGAAAUUCUGCAAGAAACUGAAUUUUCAAAGAUCCCUGUAUUAAUUCCAGCUCUAUUUCAUACCAUCUGUCUCAUCUGGAGCCAUUCCAAACACUAUUGCUUUCCUGUACGGAUCAUAGUCCUCCUGCAGGAAUUCUGCAACUUAUUAAUCAAACAGGCCAUAGUUUUUUUGUCACCAGAGGACCUAUUGAAAAAUGAGAUUGAAGAGUCUUGGGAAAAUAUUCAAAUAUGUGUGAAAAAUUUUAGGGCUUUUAAAGAAUGUUUCUUGAAACACAAAGAAAAGCUGGUAACCUAUUACACAAACUUGGAUGAUUACAGACACUGGGAUUUCCCACUAUCAAUGGUUUUCACACAGUUUGACAGGUUUUAUAAUCGCCUGUUACAACUUGAGGAUUUCUUUGUUACUAUGCAGGAAUUCCAAAAAUUAGAGAAGCUGGAGUUUGGUGGUAUGAAGGGGAAAAUGCUAAGUGGACAAAUAUCUGAAAUGAACCACGAUUUCUUGGAAUGCUGUAAGGUUUUUAAGGAAAGCACGUAUGAUCCUUUGGAUUACAAUUGCAUGGACUUUGAAAACGACUACAAUGCAUUUAAAGAAAAGAUUGUGGAUUUUGACAGGCAACUUGGGACCAUUUUAUGUAUAGCAUUUAAUGACUGCUCUGGUUUGGAAUCUGCCUUUAAGCUUCUUGCAGUCUUUGGUGCAUUUCUGGAGAGAUCUACCAUUAUGGAGAUUUUUAGUCCGAAGUAUUUUACUCUGCUCGAGAUGUUUGAUCAAGAAUUGGACAGGUGUAAAUAUUUAUACGAUCAACACUUGGAACGGAAAGACAAACGUGCUCCACUAUUAAACAAGAACAUGCCUCCAACUUCAGGGAAUCUAAAGUGGGCCAAAGAACUUAAGGAAAGAAUUGAAAUACCAUGGUCAAAUUUCAAGCUUAUUUACCACACAAACCUUGAAGGCCCAGAAGCUGGGAUUGUAUAUCAAAAAUAUAUGGAGAUGCUGACUUUGCUGGAUGAGUACGAGGAACAAAUUUACUUGUCGUGGGCAAGCAAUGUCCAUAUGAUCUGCCAGUUCAACCUGGAUCAGCCACUCAUCAAGCGUAAUAGUGAAACUGGUUUUCUCAAUGUGAACUUUGACCAUCAGCUUGUUGGUGUUCUGCGAGAGGUGAAAUACCUUCAAAUGUUGAACCAAUCUGACAUUCCAGACACAGCUGCAGCCUUCUUUGAAAAACGGGAAACUUUGACUAAGUAUGUAGGAACUUUGGAAUUAAUGGUGAAGUGGUACAAUAAGCUGAAGCAGACCAUCUUGGAAGUGGAGCUUCCACUAAUUUGCAGUGAGCUGGAAGCCAUCGAUACACAGCUGAAGGCUGGAGAAGAGACCAUGACCUGGCAGAGCAAAAAUUGUUGGAGUUACAUAAUCCGAGUGAAAGAUAUGGUUCAUGACCUGACGAGCCGUGUUCAGAAAACAAAAGAGAAUGUUGGAACUAUACAAUUACUUAUGAAAACAUGGAGUGAGUGUCCUAUGUUUACAAGGAAAGAUAAUAAAAAAGAUUAUCUGAUGUACCUGGAUGACAGAGAAGAUAGAGUGGCCAAGCGGUACAAGUUGAUAAAGGAGGCUGGAGCUACGAUACACAUCUUAAUUGAGGAGAAUCGCAGACUGCUAAAGGCCGAUGUAGUUACUGAUUCAUGGAUGGCCUAUCUGGAGUAUAUUGAUGACAUGGUUUUGGAUGGCUUCUUCAAUGCUAUUUUGUGUUCUCUGGAGUUCUUCUUUGAGAGCACUGAAGCUGUUUUAAAGCCUUCUCCUCUGUUUCUGUCACAAAUGAUUCUAAAUACUCCUGAGAUUGUAUUCAAACCUUCACUGGAUAAGGAUGCUGCUGAUGGAUUCUAUGAUUUAGUUGAAGGCUUAGUAAGUGAUAUUUACAAAAUGUCUGCACAAAUUAAGCGAGUUGCUGAUCAUCUUCACAUGGAUAACUACCAGAUUGACAUGGAAGAUAUACCUGACCUUUUGGAUAUUCGGCAGGAGAUCAUGGAUAGGGUGUUGGAGAUCAUUAACAAAGCAAUGGAAUACAGGAAUUCAUUUGAAGUAUUCUCCUAUCUUUGGGUAGAUGAUAGGGCAGAGUUCAUGAAACAUUUCCUGCAGUACAGCCAUGUGUUAACUGCAGAGGAGAUUGGAACUCAUGCUGAUGAAGGUGUCCCAGAGUGUCCUCCUACAACAGAACAGUUCAAAGAACAGAUUGGCAUCUAUGAAAAUCUUUAUAUCCAGAUCAACAAAUUUGAGGAUGGAAAAAUCUUUGAGAAUUGGUUUAAAAUUGACAUUAAGCCAUUUAAAAUAACAUUGCUAAAUACAAUUAAAAAAUGGAGCUGGAUGUUUAAAGAACAUCUCAUUCAUUAUGUCACUGACAGCCUAAACGAACUUGAAGAAUUCAUAAAGAUGACAGAUAAAGGACUUAGCAAAAAGGUGAAAGAAGGAGAUUACAAUGGUCUUGAGGAUAUCAUGGGACAUUUAAUGGCUGUAAGGGACAGACGCACCAUCACUGAUGAGCUCUUCGAACCCUUAAAGGAGACAAUUAUUCUUCUGGAGAGUUAUGGUCAAAGUAUGCCAGACCAAGUUUGUACACAGCUUGAGGAACUUCCAGAAAAGUGGAAUAACACAAAGAAGAUUGCUGCUUCCAUGAAACAUGAAGUUGCAGCCCUCCAAACUGCAGAGGUGUCACUCAUUAGGAAAAGAUGUGUGGCAUUUGAUGUCAAGCAGAUGGAGUUCAGAGAAAAGUUCCAAAUGGAAGCACCUUUCUCAUAUAAUUCUAAGACUCCAUACAUAUUACUCGAUAAGGCUUACAAGGAGCUCAGUGCGCUCGAGGGAGUGACGGUACAAAUGCAAGAAUUGGCCAACCUGUUUGAAGUGACUGUUCCAGAAUAUAAACAGCUAAUGCAGUGCCGGCGAGACAUUAUUCUACUUAAGCAACUCUGGGAUUUUAUUGUGUAUGUGAAGACUAGUAUAUAUGACUGGACCAAGACAGAGUGGAGACAAAUCAAUGUAGAACAAAUGGAUGUUGAACUCAGGAGAUUUUUAAAGGAAAUUAGAUUGAUGGACAAAGAAGUUCGUGCUUGGGAUGCAUAUACCAGUCUGGACUCCACUGUGAAGAACUUGCUCACAUCUCUGCGAGCAGUGACAGAAUUGCAAAACCCAGCCAUCAGAGACAGGCACUGGUACCAGUUGAUGAAUUCCACCGGGGUUAAGUUUAUUAUGAGUACGAAUACAAUUCUGGCUGAUCUGUUAGCCCUCAAGUUGCACAGAGUGGAAGAUGAGGUCCGGAAUAUCGUAGAUAAAGCUGUGAAAGAACUUGGAAUAGAGAAGGUCCUUACAGAGAUCAGCCAUACAUGGACCACGAUGGAAUUUUCAUAUGAGGAACAUCAUAGAACGGGUACCCCUCUGCUGAAGUUGGAUGAAGAACUCAUUGAAAUUUUAGAUGACAAUCAAGUGCAAUUGCAAUUUAUACUCCAGAACAAAUAUGUGGAAUAUUUUAUUGAGCAGGUUUCAACCUGGCAAAAAAAGUUGACUGUGGCAGAUUCCGUUAUUUUUAUCUGGAUGGAAGUUCAACGCACGUGGUCCCACCUGGAGAGUAUUUUCAUUGGAUCUGAGGAUAUACGAAACCAACUUCCUGAAGAUGCCAAACGAUUUGAUGGAAUAGAUACAGACUUUAAGGAAUUAAUGUUCAAAACAGCACAGACAAAAAACGUAAUCGAAGCAACAAAUAAACCCAAAUUAUAUGAAACACUUGAGGCUCUUCAGCAAAGGCUAGGCCUGUGUGAAAAAACUUUAGCUGAGUACCUUGAAACCAAACGUUUAGCUUUCCCAAGGUUUUAUUUUGUGUCCUCGGCAGACCUAUUGGAUAUCCUGUCAAAAGGAACACAGCCUGGACAGGUCACCUGUCACCUUGCCAAACUCUUUGAUAACAUGGCUGAUCUUAAAUUUGAAGAAGACCAAGAAAAACGAAUAAAUAAGAUUGCAAUAGGAAUGUACAGUCGAGAAAAAGAAUAUGUCCCAUUCCAAGUAAAGUGUAAAUGUAUUGGGCAGGUUGAAGCUUGGUUAAAUCGAGUAGAGGAAAGCAUGCAGGGAACCAUACGUCAUCAGAUUACAGAGGCUGUAGCGGCUUAUGAGGAAAAACCAAGAGAUCAAUGGAUUUUUGACUAUUCUGCUCAGGUGGCACUCACCAGCUCACAAAUAUAUUGGACCACAGAUGUAGGAAUUGCUUUUGAAAGGCUUGAAGAGGGCUAUGAAACAGCACUAAAGGAUUAUAACAAAAAGCAGGUGGUGCAAUUGAAUGUUUUGAUCAACAUGCUGCUGGGAGAGUUAACUGCAGGAGAUAGGCAGAAGAUCAUGACCAUGUGCACGAUCGAUGUUCACGCCCGGGAUGUUGUGGCAAAACUUAUUGCUCAGAAGGUUACAAGCUCCCAAGCCUUUGCUUGGUUAUCCCAAUUGCGGCAUCGUUGGGAUGCCCACCAGACCCACUGUUAUGCUGACAUUUGUGAUGCUCAUUUUCGAUACUCUUAUGAAUAUCUGGGGAACACUUCUCGACUUGUGAUCACUCCUCUGACUGACAGGUGCUAUAUAACCCUCACACAGUCUCUUCACCUAACCAUGAGUGGAGCACCUGCAGGUCCUGCUGGGACGGGCAAAACAGAAACCACCAAGGAUCUUGGGCGUGCCCUUGGCGUGAUGGUGUAUGUCUUCAACUGUUCUGAACAAAUGGAUUAUAAGUCCAUAGGAAACAUCUAUAAAGGUUUGGCACAAACUGGUGCUUGGGGCUGCUUUGAUGAGUUCAAUAGGAUCUCAAUUGAAGUUUUGUCGGUUGUUGCAGUGCAAGUCAAAACAAUACAAGAUGCCAUUAAGAACAAGAAAAAGAGGUUUGUCUUUCUUGGUGAAGAAAUUUCUCUUAAACCUGCAGUUGGAAUAUUUAUAACCAUGAAUCCAGGCUAUGCUGGCCGAACAGAAUUGCCAGAAAAUCUUAAAGCACUUUUCAGACCCUGUGCAAUGGUUGUUCCAGAUAUCGAACUGAUUUGUGAGAUUAUGCUAGUUGCAGAAGGGUUUUUAGAUGCCAAAUUGUUGGCCAGGAAAUUCAUUACCUUGUACACUCUUUGUAAAGAGCUGCUUUCAAAACAGGAUCAUUAUGACUGGGGUCUUCGUGCCGUGAAAUCGGUUUUAGUUGUUGCUGGUUCCCUUAAAAGAGGAGACAAGAAUAGGCCAGAAGAUCAGGUAUUAAUGCGUGCCUUAAGGGAUUUUAAUUUGCCAAAGAUUGUGACGGAUGAUAUCCCCAUUUUUAUGGGACUUGUUGGCGAUCUGUUCCCUGCCUUGGAUGUUCCCAGAAUGCGAGACCAGGAAUUUGAACAGAUGGUAAGGGAAUCUACUUUGGAACUCAACUUACAGCCUGAAGAAAGCUUUAUCCUAAAGGUGGUUCAACUGGAGGAAUUGCUAACUGUUCGUCAUUCGGUCUUUGUAGUUGGAAAUGCUGGAACAGGAAAGAGUCAGAUAUUGAAGACAUUAUACAGGACGUAUGUAAAUAUGAAACAAAAACCUGUGUGGAAUGAUCUUAACCCGAAGGCGAUCACAACAGACGAGAUGUUUGGCUUCAUCCACCCUGCAACCAGGGAGUGGAAAGAUGGUCUUUUUUCCUCUAUCAUGAGAGAGCAAGCCAGCAUUACACACGAUGGUCCAAAAUGGAUUGUCCUGGAUGGCGAUAUAGAUCCCAUGUGGAUUGAAUCAUUAAACACAGUUAUGGAUGAUAAUAAGGUCCUGACACUUGCCAGCAAUGAACGUAUUCCACUAAAUCCAUCCAUGCGUCUUUUGUUUGAAAUAAGCCAUUUAAAAACUGCAACACCAGCUACUGUUUCAAGAGCAGGCAUUUUAUACGUCAAUCCACAGGAUUUGGGCUGGAAUCCGUAUGUGACCAGCUGGAUUGACGCAAGAAUAUACCAGUCAGAAAAAAUCAACUUAACGAUUCUCUUUGAUAAGUAUGUUCCUUUAUGCCUAGAACAACUGCGAUCCUCCAUAAAAACCAUCACACCCAUACCAGAAAACAGCAUGGUUCAGACUCUUUGCUCCCUUUUGGACUGUCUACUGACACCAAAGAAUGUACCUCCUGAUUCUCCAAGAGAACUAUACGAGCUUUAUUUUGUCUUUGCCUGCAUUUGGGCCUUUGGUGGAGCAGUAUAUCAAGAUCAGUUGGUUGAUUAUCGAGUUAAAUUCAGUCAAUGGUGGUACAAAGAGAUGAAAGCUGUUAAACUUCCAUCGCAAGGGACUGUCUUUGAUUAUUAUCUUGAUCCAGAAACAAAAAAAUUUAGUCCUUGGUCUGAAAACCUCGCAGCAUUUGAAAUGGAAGCAGAUAAUCCAUUACAAGCAGUUCUUGUUCCUACAGCUGAGACAACCCGACUGCAAUACUUUGUAAAUUUGUUAUUGGAAAAAGGGAAGCCAAUUAUGCUCGUGGGAAAUGCUGGCAUCGGCAAAACAAUAUUAGUAGAAGACAGACUUGCCAAUCUAUCAGAAGAUUAUAUGGUCGCCAAAGUUCCUUUCAACUAUUAUACCUCUUCAGUGAUGUUACAACGUGUUCUUGAGAAGUCUCUUGAGAAAAAAGCUGGUCGUAAUUAUGGGCCCCCUGGAAAUAAAAAAUUAAUUUAUUUUAUUGAUGACAUGAAUAUGCCAGAGGUGGAUACUUAUGGAACAGUUCAGCCCCACACACUUAUCCGCCAGAACAUUGAUUACAAGCACUGGUAUGAUCGACAGAAGUUAACUCUGAAGGAAAUUCACAACUGUCAAUAUAUCAGCUGCAUGAACCCAACAGCAGGGAGCUUCACCAUCAACCCAAGGCUUCAGAGACACUUUACAGUAUUUGCAGUGAAUUUCCCUUCAGUGGAUUCCAUGGAGAUGAUCUAUAGCAAGAUUCUAAGUUUUCAUUUUCUAAGCUCAAAUUUUGCAACAUCAGUAGUAAAGACCAUUCCUGCAGUGGUACAGGCCGCAAUCUGGCUUCAUCAUAAAAUGACCCAAAAUUUCUUGCCAACAGCAAUUAAAUUUCAUUACAUUUUUAACCUUCGUGACCUCUCCAAUAUUUUUCAGGGAAUAUUAUUCACGCUUCCUGAUUGUUUAAAACAGUCAAUUGAUUUGGUAUUACUGUGGCUUCACGAAUCAUCCCGUGUCUAUGAAGACAAGCUAGUUCAAUCAAAAGAUUCUGAGCUCUUCCAAAGAAUUCAGUUGGACACAGCCAAAAAAUUCUUUGAAGGUGUGGAUGAUAAUAUUUUACUUCAGAAGCCACUGAUUUUUUGUCAUUUUGCUCUUGGAAUUGGAGAUCCUCAUUACAUGCCCGUAAAAGAUUGGAAGGUCUUGAAGAAUAUUCUAACUGAAACUCUUGAUAACUAUAAUGAGCUCAAUGCUGUGAUGAACCUAGUUUUAUUUGAAGAUGCAAUGCAACAUGUAUGUCGGAUAAAUCGAAUAUUGGAGAGCAGCCGAGGAUAUGCUCUGCUGGUGGGAGUUGGUGGCAGUGGGAAGCGGAGUUUAUCCAGAUUGGCUGCUUACAUUAGUUCCCUGGAAGUAUUCCAAAUCACACUGAAGAAAGGCUUUGGGAUUUCAGAUCUGAAGGUUGAUCUUGCUAAUUUGUACAUAAAGGCUGGAGCCAAGAACCUGCCAACAGUUUUGCUUCUGACAGAUGCUCAAGUUCCAGAUGAACGUUUCCUGGUCCUGAUCAAUGAUCUGCUGGCAUCAGGUGAAAUUCCUGAUCUGUUCAGUGAUGAAGAGGUUGACAAUAUCAUCAGCAGUAUACGUAAUGAGGUCCGAGGUUUGGGCAUAUUGGAUAACCGGGAAAACUGCUGGAAGUUCUUUUUGAACCGGACACAACAGCAGCUUAAGGUUAUUCUCUGUUUCUCCCCAGUUGGUUCAACCUUGCGCGUGAGAGCCCGGAAGUUCCCAGCCAUAGUUAACUGCACAGCUAUUGACUGGUUUCAUGAGUGGCCACAGGAGGCCCUAAUGUCUGUCAGCAGGCGGUUCAUUGACGAGAUUGUGGGGAUUAAGCCAAAUUUGCAGGAGUCUAUUAGUCUAUUUAUGGCCUACAUUCAUACCAGUGUAAAUGAAAUGAGUAAACAUUAUCGCCAGAAUGACAAGAGGUACAAUUACACCACUCCCAAGAGCUUCCUGGAGCAGAUCACACUCUACAAAAACUUGCUGCAGAAAAAACAGAAAGAUUUAGUACAGAAAAUGGAUCGUCUUACAAAUGGCAUCCAGAAGCUGAAAACAACGGCAUCACAGGUGGAAGAUCUGAAGAACAAGCUUGCAACCCAGGAGGUUGAAUUGAAAUUCCGAAAUAAAGAUACAGAAGCUCUGAUAACUAAAAUAGGGCAUCAGACAGAGAAAGUGAGCCACGAAAAGUCUGUUGCUGAUGCAGAAGAACAAAAGGUGGCAGCUUUUCAAAUUGAAGUAGCUUUGAAACAAAAAGAAUGUGAAGACAACCUUGUCAAAGCUGAACCUGCCCUGGUGGCAGCUAUUGCUGCUCUAAAUACCUUAAACAAGAUGAAUCUCACAGAAUUGAAAACCUUCCCCAAUCCACCUGUGGCGGUAACGAAUGUCACUGCAGCAGUUAUGGUGUUGUUGGCCCCAAAAGGCAAAAUACCUAAGGACAGAAGUUGGAAGGCUUCUAAAGUCUUCAUGGGAAAGGUUGAUGACCUCCUCCAAACUCUGAUAAAUUAUGACAAAGAACAUAUUCCUGAAAAGUCAAUGAAAAUCGUAAAAGAACAAUAUCUGCAGGAUCCAGAUUUCAAUCCAGAUCUGGUUCGCAUGAAAUCAUUUGCUGCAUCUGGUCUCUGCGCAUGGGUCAUUAAUAUCAUCAAAUUCUAUGAGGUGUACUGUGAUGUGGAGCCCAAACGCCAAGCGCUAACCCAAGCCAAUUCUGAGUUGGCAACAGCCACUGAAAAGCUGGAAAUCAUCAGAAAGAAACUUUCAGAUCUAGAUGUUAAUUUAUGCCGACUCAAGGCAAGUUUUGAAAGAGCUACGACAGAAAAGAUACGAUGUCAGGGUGAAGUAAAUCGGACCAACAGGACAAUUGAACUAGCAAAUCGACUUGUCAAGGGACUUGAGUCAGAAAAUAUUCGUUGGGCCCAUUGUGUUCAGCUCUUUGAAGCUCAAGAGAAGACUUUGUGUGGAGAUGUGUUGCUGACAGCUGCAUUUGUGUCGUAUGUGGGGCCCUUUACGAAAGGAUAUCGGCAAGAAUUGGUAGAGGGAAUGUGGCUUCCUUUUCUCAAAUCUUUGCCGGUUUCCAUACCAAUUACUGAAGGACUAGAUCCUAUAGUAAUGUUGACCGAUGAUGCCACAAUUGCAACCUGGAAUAAUGAAGGAUUGCCCAGCGAUAGGAUGUCAACAGAAAAUGCGACUAUUCUGGUCAACUGUGAACGUUGGCCACUUAUGAUUGACCCACAACAACAAGGGAUCAAGUGGAUUCGAAACAAGUAUGGAAGUGAUCUGAGAGUUUUGCACAUGGGACAGAAAGGUUAUUUAGAUAUUAUUGAGCAUGCAUUAUCCUGUGGCAAUGUCAUCCUCAUUGAAAAUCUCGAGGAAACCAUUGAUCCAGUUCUCGAUCCUCUACUUGGACGAAACACAAUUAAAAAGGGAAGAUACAUUAAGAUUGGUGACAAAGAGUGUGAUUUCAAUAGCUGUUUCCGACUAAUUCUUCACACAAAGUUGGCCAACCCUCAUUACAAGCCUGAGAUGCAGGCUCAGACAACACUCAUCAAUUUUACUGUCACAAGGGAUGGGCUUGAAGAUCAGCUGCUGGCUGAAGUGGUCAACAUAGAAAGGCCGGAUCUGGAGCACUUGAAGUCAAACUUAACAAAGCACCAGAAUCAUUUUAAGAUUGAGCUGAAACGGCUUGAGGACGAGCUCCUUAUGCAUUUGUCUGCGGCUGAGGGCAACUUCCUAGGUGAUACUGACCUGGUGGAGAAACUGGAGUCAACGAAGCUAACUGCAGCAGAAAUUGAGCAGAAGGUGAAUGAAGCAAAGGAGAAUGAGCUGAAGAUCAAUGAGGCACGUGAACGCUAUCGGCCAGCGGCAGCAAGAGCUUCUCUUCUUUAUUUCAUCAUCAAUGAUCUUAGGAAAAUGAACCCUAUUUACCAAUUCUCACUCAAGGCUUUUAACAUUGUAUUUCAUAAAGCUAUUGAAAGGACAGAACAAUCAGAGGAUCUGAAGGAGCGAGUCGCAAACCUCACUGACUGCAUCACAUACUCUGUGUUACUCUAUACUAGCAGAGGACUGUUUGAAAAGGACAAAGUGGUAUUUCUUUCUCACACAACCUUCCAGAUUCUAUUGAUGAACAAUGAAUUAGAUCUGGAGGAACUGGACUUUUUCCUGAGAUUCACAAUUGAGCAAACAUUCAAGAGUCCUGUAGAUUUUCUCUCCACUCAGUCUUGGAGUGCCAUCAAGACUAUGUCCAUGAUGGACGAGUUCCGAGGGUUAGACAGAGACAUUGAAGGCUCGGCCAAACGCUGGAAGAAGUUUGUUGAAUCUGAAUGCCCUGAGAAGGAGAAAUUUCCACAGGAAUGGAAAAAGAAGAGUUCCCUUCAAAAACUUAUUAUGCUCAGGGCUUUGCGGCCUGACAGGAUGACAUAUGCAGUGAGAAACUUUGUUGAAGAAAAAUUAGGAACAAAAUAUGUUGAUGGUCUGCGAAUUGAUUUUGCGAAAUCAUUUGAGGAAAGUAGCCCAGCAACUCCUAUGAUUUUCAUCUUGUCGCCUGGGGUUGACCCUCUUAAAGAUGUUGAAUCACUUGGUAAAAAACUAGGAUUCACUAUUGAUGCUGGAAAAUUUCAUAAUGUUUCCCUGGGCCAAGGCCAGGAGGUGGUGGCUGAAUCUGCUUUGGUAAAAGCUUCCAAGGAAGGCCAUUGGGUCAUUUUGCAGAAUGUUCAUCUCGUGGUGAAAUGGCUGGGAACACUAGAAAAGCUACUGGAACAAUUCAGUGAGGGCAGUCAUCCUGACUUCAGAGUCUUCAUUAGUGCUGAGCCUGCACCCACCUCUGAGGAGCAUGUAAUUCCUCAGGGAAUUCUGGAAAUCUCAAUCAAAAUCACUAAUGAGCCACCUACUGGCAUGCUGGCAAACCUGCACGCAGCUGUGUCUAACUUUGACCAGAAUAUCUUGGAAAUGUGUUCUCGAGAGCAAGAGUUCAAAACCAUUCUAUUCUGCCUCUGCUACUUCCAUGCAUGUGUUGCAGAAAGACGCAAGUUUGGCCCUCAAGGUUGGAACCGAAGUUAUCCCUUCAAUACAGGCGAUCUUGUUAUAUCUGUUAACGUCCUUUACAAUUACCUGGAGGCAAAUACUAAAGUACCCUGGGAAGAUCUCCGCUUUCUUUUUGGGGAGAUAAUGUAUGGAGGACACAUUACUGAUGAUUGGGACAGGAGGCUGUGCCGUACUUAUCUAGAGGAAUUCAUGCAUCCAAACAUGCUUGAAGGAGAACUUGUAUUGACACCAGGUUUUGUUGCACCUCCCAACUUGGAUUAUAUUGGAUACCAUAAGUACAUCGAUGAAAUGCUUCCUCCAGAAAGCCCAGUGCUGUACGGCCUACAUUCCAACGCUGAAAUAGAAUUCCUCUCAGUAAUGUCUGAAAAUCUCUUUAGAACAUUGGUGGAGAUGCAGCCCAGAGAUUCAUCUAUUGGAGAGGGAUCUGCACAGACUACAGAGGAAAAGGUGAAGAAUAUUCUGGAUGAUAUUUUGGAGAAGCUUCCUGAAGAAUUCAACAUGUCAGAAAUUAUGGCAAAGACAGCAGAGCGCAAUCCUUAUAUUCUUGUUUGUUUCCAAGAAUGUGAGCGUAUGAACAUACUUACCCGGGAGACCAGGAAGUCACUUAAAGAAUUGGACCUUGGACUGAGGGGCGAGUUGACUGUCUCAGAAGAAAUGGAAGCAUUGCAAAUCGCAUUGUACCAUGACAAUGUUCCUGAAUUAUGGAGUAGAUUAGCAUAUCCAUCAUCAUAUGGACUGGCACAAUGGUUCAAUGAUGUUCUUAUGCGUUGCCGUGAACUCGAUGCAUGGACUCAUGAUCUUGGUCUUCCUGCAGUUGUGUGGCUUUCUGGGUUUUUCAAUCCUCAGUCUUUCCUUACUGCUAUUAUGCAGAGUAUGGCCCGGAAGAAUGAGUGGCCCUUGGAUAAAAUGUGCUUAACUGUGGAUAUCACCAAAAAAAACAAAGAAGAUUAUGGUCAUCCACCAAGAGAAGGUGCUUACAUCCAUGGACUCUUCUUGGAAGGAGCAAAAUGGGACAUUCAGAAUGGCAUCAUUGCAGAAGCACAUCUUAAAGAACUUGCUUCCUCAAUGCCUGUUAUCUUUGUGCGGGCUACUCCAGCAGAUAGGGAAGAAUUGAAGAACAUUUACCAAUGUCCAGUUUACAAAACCAAAAUCAGAGGACCUACCUAUGUUUGGACAUUCAAUCUAAGGACCAGAGUGAAGCCUGCCAAAUGGAUUAUUUCUGGAGUUGCCUUGCUCUUAUCAGUUUAAAGAUACAUGACCAACCAUUGAUAGUCGUAAAAAUUAACCUGAAAAUCACCUUUUCAUUCAAGAACUAAAUUUGGUUCAAUGGACAGAAGUGCAAAGUUUCCACAUGCGUGUAUAUAGUGCUGUUUUGAAAACAAUUUAAAUCAAAAUGUAA